AUGUACCAACGCACGAUUGUAGCCCUGGCGCGUGUAGUGCCUAGCCUGAAGCACGACUCCUACACGAGCCAGGCAAUGGGCGAAUUCCGUAUCGCAGUGACAGGCGUAAAGAGCGCACACUUCGCUGGCCGGAUUGACUGCUCAGUGAAAUGGUCCGAAGACGCGAAAAAUGAGACAAAUGCGGGGAUGAUGCAAAGGGCACAUUUUAGUCGGAAGUAUACUAAUUAA